AUGAAUGCUCGCAGAGAGGGGAUCGAUAUCCUCACUCAGAGUUCCUGGAAUAACGCGAAGAACAGCCAGUAUGAUACUGUCCUGCACCACCUGCGGAACAAUACAAGCCUAGCCUACCUCCUUGUGGCCCUGAUAUCCAUCUACUUUAUAGCGAACCACCUGCGGUUUAUUCCCGUGUCAAUAGCCCGGAACCUCUGGGACGUCGCCGUGUAUUUAAUUCCGUCCAGGGUCGUCGCCGCUCUCGAUUCGAAAACGACCGCCGACUCGUCCGGCGAGAACACCCGUUCGAUGACUUUCCAGGAGAAAAGCGACGCCAUGCAGCGAAUCUUCGGCCUCGACAACUCCUCCUUCUCCCUUAUCCCUCGCGCUCGCGCCUUGUCAGGCAUCGGAACGGCACUCUUAGGCAGGGACAAUCUCCCGCCGGGACUAGGAAACUGGGACAACUCAUGCUACCAGAACAGCAUCAUUCAAGGACUGGCGUCUCUCCGCUCGCUUGCGGAGUUCCUGGAGCGGAACAUCGAUGGUCUCGGCGACAAGGCGUCGUUCUCGACCCACCAUGCCCUGAGAGACAUCAUCGAUCGACUGAACAGCGCGUCCAGCUACGGCCAGCGACUGUGGACGCCGCCUGACCUAAAGUCAAUGAGCAGCUGGCAACAGCAGGAUGCGCAGGAAUACUUCUCGAAGGUUGUGGACCAGAUCGAUUAUGAAGUGCAGCAGGCUACGCGUCGACAGACUCGCAACUUGGGUCUGAAGAUGGCCGGUCCACAGGAGCAUGUGAUCGGAGCUAGUACUCUGCAGGAUGUUGCGGCGGAGAUUUCUUCACAGCAGUCGCCCGAACGCCAGUCACUACGCAACCCGCUCGAGGGUCUCCUUGCGCAGCGAGUCGGCUGUAUGAGAUGUGGGUGGACGGAGGGUCUUUCGCUCAUUCCGUUCAACUGCCUGACCGUUCCGCUUGGCUCGAAUACGCAAUGUGAUAUCCGCGAUUGUCUUCGUGACUACAUGCACCUGGAGCCGAUUGAGGGCGUGGAAUGUGCCAAGUGCACCCUGUUGCGUGCGAAGGACCAGCUACAGAACAUGUUAGAGCAAAUAGAAGAAGACAAGAAGCUGCAGAGCGCGUCGGACGCCUCGCAAAUGGGGGCCGCGCUGAAAAAGUCCGCCGAGGAGCGGUUACGCGCCGUGCAGGAGGCCCUCGAAGACGAAGACUUCUCCGAAAAGACGCUCUCGAAGAAAUGCCAUAUCCCCUCGAAGAACCGAGUAUCCUCAACGAAGUCGCGACAGGCGGUUAUCGCACGGCCGCCAAAGUGUUUGGUGGUCCAUAUCAACCGAAGCAUGUUUGAUGAAUUCACGGGGCUGAUGAGAAAGAACUACGCGGCAGUCAGGUUUCCUAGCUCACUUGACCUUAGCGAAUGGUGUCUGGGAACUGUGUCUGCUGAUGGUGAAACGUGGGACACGAACCCCCGUGAAUCCAUGCUCCCCUCUUCCAGAGAUGCCAGGGAUACGUUUGACCGCCGUUAUCAAUUGCGGGCCGUGGUAACACACUACGGCCGUCAUGAAAAUGGCCACUAUAUCUGCUAUCGGAAGUACUCAACCGAGACCUUCCCCGCCCAAGUUCCGGAGUCCGUUAUCGAGGCGGACGGUGACAAGGAAAAGCCCGAACGCUGGUUUCGGCUCAGUGAUGAGGAUGUGCAGAUGGUCAGCGAGUCCAACGUUAUGGCGCAAGGCGGAGCGUUCAUGCUCUUUUAUGAAGCGGCUGAGCCAUCUUCUAUCUCGAAUGCAAGCGACGAGGCUGACCCAGCGGAAGACGUCUACGCGUCUAGCUGCGUCACUAUGGAAGAUGUUUCUUCAUCGUCUGCCACUUCCAACACAUCUCAGGCGACCAGUGUUUCAUCCUCCGAGAAGGUUGACCUGCCGAUUCCGAACGGAAUCUCCCUAGCUGACGUCGACUGA